AUGGCUACAAUUCUCCUCAUUCUAGCACUCUCCUUCUUCACUAACCUUCUCUUUCUCUCCCAAUCCCAACCCUACUCGAAUUUCUCGUACAACGAUUUCACUGCCUCGAACCUCAUCCUAAACCACGAAGCCGCCGUUCUCCAACCAAGCGGAGCCUUACAACUCACCAACCGAACCCGAAACGCCAUUGGCCACGCGUUCCACCCGACCCCAAUCCCAAUCUUCGCCAACAACAACAACAGCAACAACUCCUCCAACUUAUUCAUCUCCUCCUUUAGCACCUAUUUCGUCUUCCAAAUAUCUUCCCCGCCCAACGGCGGCGGUUACGGCUUCGCCUUCGUCCUCUCCCCCCGCCCGGGAUUCCAUAACCCCUCCCCCGGCCACCUCUUGGGCGCAUUCAACCGAUCCAACGACGGCGACCCAUCCAACCACAUCUUCCUCGUCGAGUUCGACACUGUCCAAGGGCACAACGAGGCCUCCGACGCCGACGCCAACCAUGUCGCCAUCAACCUCAACGGCAUGACUCCCACCGCCUCGCACUCCGCCCUCCGAUACCUCGACCGAGACCCGGCUCUCACCGAGGAAAUCGACAUGGAGCGCGACGGCCCCAUCCAAGCAUGGAUCGAGUACGACGGCCCCACGGGCCUCAUCAACUUGACCAUCUCGCCCCUCAACAUCACAAAACCCAUCCACCCCCUCAUCUCCCGGCCCAUCGACCUAUCCACGGUCCUCGUCCACCAAGGAAUGUACGUCGGCUUCUCGGCCGCCACCGGGGAACAAACGAGCGCUCAUUACAUCCUCGGGUGGAGCUUCCGACUAAACGGGCCGGCCGACCACCUCAACCUCACUCGUCUCCCGAUUUUACCACCCGACGCCAACGACAACGGCGGUGACUUCUCUCCCUCGAGAACCAACCUCCCGACGGCCCUCAUCGCGACCCUCUCGGUCGUGCUCUUCAUUCUUCUAGCCGCGCUAGCCGGCACGGUUUUCUACCGAAAGGUCGUCGCGAGUUACGAGAUUCUCGAGGAUUGGGAGCUCGAGAGCCCGCACAGGUUCCAGCACGCGGACCUCCACCGGGCGACCGGAGGAUUCAAGGAGAGCGCGAAAAUCGGGUCGGGAGGAUUCGGUUGCGUCUACAAAGGGGUCUUACCGUCCACCGGAUGCCAAGUGGCGGUCAAGAGAAUCAAGUCGAACAACCGAAUACAGGGGAUGAGGGAGUUUGCAGCCGAAAUCGAGAGCCUCGGCCGGCUUAGGCACAAGAACUUGAUCAACCUUCAAGGCUGGUGCAAGUACAAGGAUGACCUCCUCUUAGUUUACGACUACAUCCCCAACGGAAGCCUCGAAUCCUUACUCUACAAAACUGGCAAAACUCUGACUUGGGAACAGAGGUUCAACAUUGUGGAAGGGGUCGCCUCGGGACUUUUGUACCUUCACGAAGAGUGGGAAAAAGUCGUGAUCCACCGCGACGUAAAGUCGAGCAACGUUCUGAUCGACAGGGACAUGAACCCGAAGCUCGGGGACUUCGGGCUGGCCCGAUUGUACGAUCACGGGAAAACGGAGCACACAACGAACGUGGUGGGGACAAUCGGGUACAUAGCGCCGGAGCUAGCCCGAACGGGCAAGGCCUCCAAGGGCACCGACGUCUUUGCGUACGGUAUUUUGCUUCUUGAAGUGGCGUGCGGGCGGGGCCCGGUGGUGUACGAGGUGGACAGGAAUGUGAUUCUUGUGGAUUGGGUGGCAGAGUGCUUGCUCAAGGGGGAUCCAUUCAGGUCGGUCGACUUUAGGUUGGGGUCGGAUUACAAUGUGGAGGAGAUGGAGUUGGUUUUGGGCCUCGGGCUGCUUUGUUCGCAUGCCCGGCCCGAAAAGAGGCCCACCAUGAGGCAAGUGGUGAAGUAUCUCAACCGGGACGAGGUUUUGCCCGUUUUCGAUAAGUUGAGCUCCACUGGGUCGAGGAGGGUUGACGAGAUCACGUCGAGGUUUUUGGCGUUGGGGUUGACCGAUAGUGUUGCCACGACGACGGGGUCGUUUAGGUCUUUUUCGAUGUCGAAUACUACUUUGUGUGAUUCGGGGAGGUGA